CACCUACCUGGGCAGUGUCGACACAGUAACUUCACGAGGGGUGGCUGGAAGGCUGCGCUCUGCCAGGAACCAGUUUUGUGUUGACUACAGCCAUCCUGCACCACCUAGUCGACGCUACCCUUGUCCUCAGGCUCUACUCUUCACCUUGGCCACACCAUUGGUUAUUGAGCAGAGGGGAGUGGUGGCAGAGGAUGGCCGAGCAUUACAAGAUGAUGGUGUGGGCAGCAGGCGGCGUGGCAACUGGUAUGGUGUUGCUGGCCGCCCACUCGUGGAGGCGGUUGCGAAGAAGACGGGAGGUAUAUGGGGGUAGCAAGGUGGUGGUGGUGACGGGAUGCGACAGCGGCAUCGGUUACAACGUCGCCUUGAACACACUCGAGUGGGGUUGCAGCGUGGUGGCCACCUGUCUUGAUCCUGACGGCGAAGCUCCCCGGAGGCUGAGUGAGGCAGGGGCGGUUGUGGUGAAGCUGGACCUGCGUCAUCUUCAGCAGGACGCCUUCAAGGAACUUCUCUCCGUUUUGCAAUCACUCAAGGACGACGAUAAAGACUUGUGGUGUCUCGUCAACAAUGCUGCAGUGAUGACAUACGCCCAGUGCGAGUGGCAGACUAACGAGAUGGUGACUAGCCAGGUUGAGGUCAACCUCCUGGGACUCAUCCAAGUCACCAAGGUGCUCUUGCCCACCCUCAGGCGGAAUAAAGGUCGGGUGGUGAUAGUGUCCUCACCUACGGGUCAAGUGGCUGUACCCAACAUGACAGUUUAUGCCGCCACAAAAUGGGGAGUUGAGGGCUUCUCUCACGCUCUUCGCCGGGAGCUAACACCGCAGGGAGGCUCCGUCGUCCUCGUCAGACCUUGCAACCUACCCGCCAACACGGGAAUCCUCUCCCACAACGCUGCCCACCUGAAACAGAUGCUUGCGGUAGCACCACCCGAGACACGUGAAGACUUCGGGGUUGCCAUGAUGGAGGCGGAGCAGGUCUUCCGAGAGCACUUCCAGAGUUCAGACCAGCUGCCACUACCACUCAACGCUCGCCUCCUCGCCUGCUUCAGGUCGGCUAUCAUGAAUCAGAAUCCCUGCUUGACGUACUCAGCCGCGCCCCUGCCAGUAAUCUUGUCCCUGGACCUCCUGCAGCUGCUGCCCCACAACUGGGUGGACUUCCUCAUCGCCAAGAACUUCUACAAUUUCAUAUUGUCUUUCGCUGUGAACAAGUAAACACCUCGAUGUCCUCUACCCAAAAACAUGCCGAUACAACUCCUUUUUUACUGCCAGAUAGAGCAAGUUUUUAUCUCCACCACCAGGGUUCAUUUCCCAGUCUGACAGGUGUGCUAUAGCAAAACAAAUGGUAAAGAGAAAACUGCCAAAUACCACAGAGUAGAGAAAAAUUCAGUUAUAAUGUUACGUAAUCAUGUUUUUAUUGUCGAUUAGGAUAAACAUUACAACAGUAGACUUCUAACAGUGUGUUCCCAACCUCUGGUUGCGACUCUAAAUUAAUUAAUAGUCUUAAUCUGGAGUAGCAACUGUAAAUAUUUUGAUGGGUAGUAAUAAAUUCAAUUAUUUUCAUACUACAGAUAUAUUUGUUUGUGAGCUUUCGUUAUUCUACUUAUGUAAGUUUAUAUUCCUGCGUUUCCUUUGUAUGUUCAAGAGAAGUUUUUACGCUAUCCUAUUGAAGUUAAUCAGUUACAUUAUCCAAAAUCAAAAUGUAACUAGGUAGAUGUGGAUUAUCAAUAUAUAUAUAUAUAUAUAUAUAUAUAUAUAUAUAUAUAUAUAUAUAUAUAUAUAUAUAUAUAUAUAUAUAUAUAUAUAUAUAUAUAUAUAUAUAUAUAUAUAUAUAUAUAUAUAUAUAUAUAUAUAUUGUAAGACCCUUCAGAUUCCUUAAAAAAAAAUACUGAUGAGCCUUAUUUGGGUGGCAACUAUGGGGUUGGGAAGCAAUGGAUUGAAAGAUUAAAAGAACGAAAGCAAAGACUCAUCUCAUCCCGGUCAUACGUAUGUACCAAUGAAUAUUUUUCCAAGCGUUUUCACGUGAGACGAGCAGCUGUUAUCCCUGCCUAACAUAUCGCUACUAACCCACUGAAAUCCUGCGUCUGAGUAUUGUUUGACUGGCUGAAAAGUGACAGGAUUAUCUGUAGUUAAGCCAGAUUACUUCUUUUUUUUUCUAUAGAGGUGUGAAAUCAUGAUAAGACAUUUUCUUGUAUGUCCAUCGCAGGUAGACAGUUUCAGAGUAAGAAAAGAUAGCAGUGAAAGGCUGUGUGAGAAUAUUACAUAAUGAAAAUUAACGAUACGAUAGACAGAUAGUUCAACUUUAAUCGACGAGUAGCAUUAUUUUAACUUUGUUUAUCUUCAAAUAAGAAAUGUCAGUGUGCUCGUAUGCAUUCGCCUCGCUUUUACAAGGUAGCUGUACUUGUGGAUAGAAAGCUUAUAUUACAGAUAUGUAGCCUUAGCUGUCAGUAGGCAGGCUUCCCGUGACCUAUUACAUAAACCAUGAUAAGUGAUUGUAAAGGAAGUCUUACUCCGCUGAUGUUCCACAUAUCAUAAAAGAAAUAAAAAAAAAAAUUUCUUAUCAUGAUACAUAGAUGAAAUGUCUUCAUAAGUUGCAAUCAGAACGAGUACAUUGAAAGGUAUUUAUAAAGUUACCAGAGAUAGAGUACUCAAGAAAAUCUCUGGAAAAAAAUAUAAAUAAAUAAACAAAUGCAAGUCUACAAGCAACAAAGUCAGGCGAGCGAGGUCAGAGUAAGUCAGUGAAUUCUGAAAUAGAGGGUACAUUCGCAUCUUUAUUUCACACACACACACACAGAGAGAGAGAGAGAGAGAGAGAGAGAGAGAUUCCUUAUAACUUGGCAGGCUCGAGUAUGACUUUCCUUUUCACAAUCAUCCCACCAUGUACCAUAAAAGAUAAUAAAUCUAUUGAUAAAAAAAAUAAUAAAAAAACAUCGACGAGUCUAUAAAAA